UUGUCAAUGUCAGAGAUUGUCAAAUUUAUGAACAGUAACUGAUAAUUUUAAAUUCAAAGAAACUUGGUCAGUUAUUUUAAUAUUUAAUUAUUUAUUUAAUUUGAUGGUCAGUGGGUCGUUUUGGCGUCGGAUUUUGAUGGACUAUUCCAGUCUAGUUACAUUCUCUUUGGAUUUGGAUCAUUUGUUUUACAGCGUCGCAUGUUAGUUUGCUGAUUGUAGAUCUGCUUCAUUGUUAUAUUCAGUGUAGUGUCUCCAUAUAUUUGUGUGAACAUUGUGAUAAUUUUCAAAACAUAAACAAUAUCUAAUUAAUAACAAUAAAAUUCAAUAAUGAAGAGAAGUGAAAUGUUCGCAUUAUAGGACAUACAUGAAAUUUUGAUUCAAUAAUUAAUUUGAAAUAUUUAUAGUGAUAUUAGCAGUUUAUUGCCAUGAAUCCUGCAUUACAUGUUGAAGUUGUGCAAAAAUCUCAAAGCCGAGCCAGUAAGGACUAUGUUAUGGAACUUGUACGUAGUUUUUUAAUGAAUUUUGUAUCUUUGACACCUGGCGUUAUUUUAUCUGGAUCUGAUCUGGAAGACAAUGCUGAACUGAAAGAACAUGUUCAAAUGAUAACGUUUUGUGAUAUAGAACAUGAUAGUGAAGUUCUAGUGACUGAAACUGAACUUAAGUAUCAUGUCUUUAGACUGGAUGCAUUUGGUGCUGAAACUGACACGAUGACCGAUGCCAGUACAGGGGAAGAGUUUGCAGCAGCUGACGUCUGGUCAUUGCCCAGUCAAGAGUUCCACGGGCUGUGGGAGAGUCUCAUUUAUGAUACCAAAUUAAAAGAGGAUACCGUUCGAUUUGUGGAAACUGCGUUUGAGUUUGCUGAUCGGGGUGUAGACCCUAACAUAAUUGGCUGGAACCGAGUAGUGUUGUUGCAUGGUCCACCUGGUACUGGCAAGACUAGCUUGUGUCGCGCACUUGCUCAAAAACUGUCAGUGCGUCUCGCCGAUCGAUUUCCGAGAGCCCGUCUUGUAGAAAUAAAUGCACACGGGCUGUUUUCCAAAUGGUUCGCAGAAAGCGGAAAGUUAGUAGCAAGACUGUUCGAGCGGCUCGAUGAGAUCGUCUCGGACCGGAGGCUGUUAGCCUGUGUGCUCGUCGACGAAGUGGAGUCGUUGGCACACGCGCGUCGCGCCGCGCUCUCCGGUCUCGAGCCGUCUGACUCUAUCCGCGCCGUGAACGCGCUCCUCACUCAGCUGGAUCGGCUGCGACGGCGGCCCAACGCACUCGUGCUCACCACGUCCAACGUGACGGGCGCCAUCGACGUGGCGUUCGUGGACCGCGCCGAUAUCAAGCGACGCGUGGGCCCUCCGUCGGCACGAGCCGCGUACGAGAUCUUGCGCGGCUGCUGCGCGGAGCUGAUGGGGCGCGGGCUGGUGGCGCCGCGCGAGCCCGUGUUCGCGCUGCGCGUGCUGGAGGGCGCGCGCUUCGCUGACAGCGAGCCGGCGCGCGCCAGCCUGCAGCUGUGGGCCGUGGCGCGCGCGGCGGCGGACGCGGCCGUGUCGGGGCGCGCGCUGCGCCGCCUGCCCUUCCUGGCGCGGGCGCUGCACGCGCGCCGAGCGGUGCCCGACCUGCCGAGCUUCGUCAGCGCGUUGGCGGCAGCGCUGCGAGACCACUUGGCCGAUGCCGCCGAAUUAGAUGACGCCACGACUGUGCCUACAUAACUCAUUACCUACUUACUUUACUAUUAGAAAUAAAUAUUAUUGUAAUAAUAAUUUUAUAUGCUGCUAAGGACUACAGAAAUCUGUACGGAUCCUAGUCAAAGUUUUUUAUUCUAAUUAAAUGUAUAUUUCAAAUAAAUGUAACUUAAGUAAAAUCUUA